CAGACGCAACGUACUCGACGCCGCCAGCAAGACUCUAUCCAACAAUCCACACUAAACAACAUGUUAUUUUUCCAACAUCAACCGAAAGGCGAGGAGAUGAUGCGCACCGCCAACAUGUCCGGGCCCCUCGUUCAACUCGGCGGCGUCACCUACGUCAACAUGACCUACGAUGGCCCCGACGCAUACAACGGACCGGAGGUGCGCAACGCCGCGCGCCCCGGCCUCCCACGGAAUCGCAGCAUGCACAUAAUCGUGCGCGACCCGACCGCCAUUAAGGCGCACGAAGCGCGCAUGCAGCGCGCCGCAACUGCCGCUGUAGGGGAUGUUUCCUCAGCUUCAGGAGAUGUACCCAGAAAGAAGCACGGCCGCAGGUUUUCGCUAGGAAGGAAGUCAGGAAAGAAGACUUCCGAUAAGGACCGCUUCAAGGCCAUGGAGCGCGAGAUGGACGUUCUCAUCGCUGCGAGAUUCUGAGGCGCCCUUUCCGGGAAAUGUUGCGAC